AUGAGGGCUGCAGUGUUUGGUGGUGGCUAUGUCACUGUGAUUCUACUAAUUAGCAUUGUUGAAAGUCAAGCACUGGACCUGCUGAGAGGAACUGGAACAUCACAGAAUCCCCUCUCCGCUCCCAAGGUGCACUGCUGGUGUUCGAGCUAUCCGAAUGCGACCCUGUGCACCUGGCCUAAAACACCCCACUUCCGUACCACACAUUACAUUGCUACAUACAGUGAGAGACAUAAUCAGGCAAGCACCAAGGAAUGCCAUCUCCUUCCACCCGGCUCUUCAUCCUCUGAACAGUUCUGGAUCUGCCAGCUGCCCAACCUGAAGCUUCUUACUGACUACAUCAUCAACAUCACAGCAGUUCAUUCUGGGAGAAGCAGCUCCCAUCUAACAAGCUUCAUGCUGGAGGAUAUAGUGAAACCAGAUCCUCCCGUUGAUGUCCGGGUUUCCCCUACUAACAACAGAAAGUUGUUGGUUGAGUGGUCUCCUCCACCUACUUGGACCAACUUGGCAAUAUUCCCCCUAAAAUACCAGAUUAUCUACCAGUGGGAAAACAAGGGGACCCGAAGGUCUGUUAAUCUGGGUCCUUAUGAGAACACCACGGUUGAACUGAAGGCCCUGACCCCAGGGAGGCCAUACCUGUUCCAAGUGUGUGCUAGGGAGCUGCUUGGUCUGGGCAAAUGCAGCGACUGGAGUAUGCCCGUGAAGAUCACAAUACCAAGAAAAAGACUGUAGGAAGUUCCACUGACUUCCUUUUUUUGUUUACCCAUUUC